AUGGAGGAGAAGGAAGAAAAAACUCUCACCAUGGAAUCACUUGAUAGCUAUUUGGAUAUGAUCAAAAUGUUCCGAGGAAUGCUACCUCAAGAUUUCAUGCAUACAAUUGACAACCUAAAUCUCACCGAAAAAGGCGAACUGUUGAGUUUUAUGACGGACUGGUACAAUGGAAGAAUCAAGAAGCCGGAAAACAAAGCAGAAAUUGUGGAACUACUUCAGGAGAAACUACCAACGUGGCGAGACAAAGCGGUCUCAUUGGAAGGCGAUACCCCUGCUGAAUCGGUGGCGAAGAGGCUGCAGCUGCUCAGAGAUGUCGCUUUAUCCGUGCAAACGAUGAACAACGAAACCAAAGAAGAUAUACGGUCGCAGUUCCCAACAGCUGUGAACUUAACUGAA